CAUAAGAACUGAAGAACACAACAGAACACAACAGAACAGAGGAACGAACUCAUGGCGAAUAUAAUUAUAAUGGCAGUCCUGGCUUUGGUCAGCAGCGUAGGUUCACUGGCGUCAUUCCCAAACGAGACCACGUACGAGCGCACGCUAUCCUCCGGCCAGAAAGUGGUGUGUGACCGCUGCGCCCCGGGCUUUCACCUGCACACUCACUGCACCAAGACUCGGAAAACCGUGUGUCACCCGUGUGACGAGGGUUUCUACACCGAGUACUGGAACUACAUUCUGGAGUGUCUGCCCUGUAAUUUCUGCUCAUCAGAGCAGGUCCUUAAGCGCCAGUGCUCCAGUUCUCAGAACAGUGUGUGUGAGUGUAAAGAGGGCUACUACUGGCACAAGUACUACUGCAAGAGGCACACACAAUGCCCGUCUGGAUACGGCAUCAAAAAGAAAGGAACUCCAUAUAAAGACACAUUAUGUGAGCCAUGCUUACAUGGAUACUUUGCACCCAAGGAUAAAAAAUUCCCCUGCUUACCACACACACCCUGCAAAACAGAGGAAAAACUUCUUCUCCAUGGCACUGAUACUUUCGACAACGUGUGUGCCACCUGCAACGAUAUAACAGGUGAAGGUAAGGACGAGCUGAUCAGGUCAGUCCUGCAAAAAACAUCAAGUCAUCACAAAUCUCGCUGGCUACAACGCUGGCUCAACAACACAACUGCAGAGCGCGUGAAGGAACUUCCCGCCAAGCUACGUGAACACAAUAAGAGACACCUGGCAGAUAAAGUAGAUCAAAAAAUUUACAGAAUAGUCAAUCUUUGUAGCAAUGGUAUUAUGGAUUGAGUUUGAUACAGAAUUUGGUUAUAUAAAAUGCUAUAAAUGGAUAAAGACAGGGUGAGCUUAAAAAUAAAACACUUUUUGGCGUUCAGUUUGUUUAAUAAGGUCUAUUUAUUUCAAGUAAAUGAGGACAAGAAAAUGAGGACUGUCUAAUGCUUUCACCAACUACAGCUGAGCUCUUCAGUUUGCAUCUCAGCUGUGCUAUCAACCAGUUGGGCAAACAGACUCGAUGGGUUGUAGGAAGACAUGAUCGGAGCAAGGGCUCCUCAUUUCUACUGCAAUUGCGGCCUCUGCUGGCUGGUUCCUGCACAAGGGAUGGUUGAUUCAUACUGAUCUCUGUGAGACACUAUUUAUCGUAGGUGAACGUGAAAGAAGGGCUUUGUUAUGCCUGUGGCUCUACGCUGUCAGAGUGGGGGUCUGCAGUGCCAGUGGAGGUCACAAUUGGGUCAUUGGAUAUGACUAGAUGGGACAAACAGGGAUUCAAAUGUAUUGAGUCAUCUCUGAUUGCUAAAGCAUCACUUUAAAGUGAUGUUGCUUUUUGAUGGCGUGUUACCAGCUGUGUUCAUGUCACAGGAAUUUAUUAAAUAGGCUAAUUAGCAUUAUAUUAACAUAAAAUACCAUGUUAAACAAAAAGUUAGAACACCCAAAAGCACUUACAUUUAUAAUCAUUUAGCCCCUCCAUAGCGUGCAAAUUGUUUUAGAUGUGAGAUUUUUGUCAUGUGCAAGGAUAAAACCUCAUCCUCACCUUCUUCUUCUUAGUUUUUCAGUUCUUCAGAGCACAUUUAGAGAAACUAGACUAUAGCACUGAUUCCUGUAAUGUUAUAAAACUUUGCAGGUGUGCUUGUGUCUGAACAAUGCUGUGUCUUAGUAUUUAUGAUGGUGUAUGUAUUUAUAAUUAUGUAAAUCUGGGAUCUGUGAUCCUGUUCAAUCCUUGUUUUCACUCGUCAUUGAGUUUCUUUUCACCUUUAAAAGACAUUAAAAUGUAAUGUGCAUAUUCUGGAUGUUUGAAUUGUGAGUGUUUGAUGCUCUGUAAUGGACUGCCAAUGAGUAACAACCUCUAGUUUUCUUACAAAAAAUAAGCAGAAGGUGGAUUGGCUUAUUUUACUCUACCUUAGCUGCAAGUAGGCAAAGGGGUGUUAAAAUGUAUAAAUCUCAGAAGCAAAUACCAGUAUUCUUUUAGAAAUCUAACUACAUAUAUAUCAUGUGCUAACCACAAAUCACAUAAUGAUACUUUAGUCUUAUUAAAAAAAAAAAAAAAAAUGAUACACACCUAUGAGAUGCUACCAACAUAGCACUCAGGGGGUGCAGCCCACCACCCCACUAGCCCCACUAAGUGGCCCAUCUACACAAAAGGAAACUGUCUUAUUAUUAUUAUUGUUAUUAUUAUUUAUUUAUAGUAGUAGUAGUUGUAAUAAUAAUAAUAAUUUAUACAGUAUUCCAGGUUUUAAUGAUAAUAGUAAUGAAUAAUAAUGCAUUUUAUUUAAAGGUGCCUUUCAAAGCCCUCAAGAGCAGCUUUCAAAGCACCUUACAGCUUACAGAUGUAUUACUAACAGUACAGUUUGACUUAAAUAUAAUAGUUUGAUUUCAAAUAAAAGCUUUUUGUCAAUCCCAGGUUAUAAUUUAAGACUUGUGUGUUAUGUUGGGGGUCCAUUUUUGUAAGGAACUAUAUUCUACAGUCAAACUGUUCAUGUUUAUAUAUAUAUAUAUAUAUAUAUAUAUAUAUAUAUAUAUAUAUAUAUAUUAUUAACUUGUUUUCUUGCACUGUCAGUAUU